CGUUUGAACGUUUGGCAGCAAGUAUAAGUAGAUUGACAUGAUUGUCUUGUUGAAAUAUAAUUCUGGACUGCGUUCCCUUUAGCUGCUUGCCCGGGAUUGUUGAAAAAGCUAGAGAAUGGCUGAAGUUAAAAGCGCUCCACCUCCGAGUAAGGGGAGGAGAGUUUCUCAUGGAGCUGGUGGAAGGAGACGUUUUACUUCCGAAGGUAGAGAAAGAACACCCAAGAAAAGACAUCGUAGGGCUACGUCAAGUGUGGCUGCCUUUCAUGUCUUCUAUGGUGGCGACAUUUCAGAUCCCUUGAACCUUAAUUCAGCUCACGUGGAUGCUGAUGAUAGUCAGAGUGGAGAUGAUGAACCAGAGGAAUAUGUACGCAAGCCAGUCGAGGACACUCCGCAAACAUCUGAACAGCCUAGGCAUGUGGAAGAUCCUCUCCGAUUACUCUCGGAUGACAAAAAGGAAGCACGGCGGGAACGAAAGAAACACCAGCGUAAAGUUGCUGCUAUGAAGCGUGAAGAGAAGCGCAAGCAAUCCACAGGGGAUGAACAGAAGGAUGAUACUGGUGGACGCCGCCGAAAGCGAUCUUUCUCCAACGAUGGCGAGUCAACUGAUGAUGGUGGAAGAGUUGUGCGAAAAAAGAAGAAGAAAAAGAAGGCAAGUACAGGCCCUGAUUCGCACAUGGUGGAUCCAAACGGCCUCACGUUCAGACCGCAGGACGCCAAAUUUGCAAUGGGAAAUUACAACAGAUAUUAUGGCUAUCGAAAUCCGACAGGACAAUCGGACGAACGCCUCAAGAGCUUCCCGAAAGCUAUAUUCUGUGAUAAAGCCUGCCUGGACAUUGGCUGUAACACCGGUCAUGUCACGCUUUCUAUUGCCAGAGACUUGAACCCGGCAAGUAUCAUCGGUGUUGACGUCGACCGCACCCUGGUGGAAACUGCUGAGAAGAAUGUACGGCACUACAUUGUAGCAACAGAAUCGGAGAAGGAUAUGCCAGUACCUGCAAAGCGUGACUUUCCACUGUCUUUCAAGUUGUCGUAUGGUCUGCCCAUCGGUCUGUGGGUGAUUGGCAGUACUAAACGACAAGGUGGUACCUAA